GGUGUGUGUGUGUGUGUGUGUGUUGAGACAGGUUGAGGAACCUUUACGGCACUUGUCGUAGGACAGGUGGGAGUUUUGCGCCGCCCCGCUGAGAGAACAGGCACCAUAAAGUGGACCUUUGGACUGAAAUUUUAUUGUAUCAGAUUAAACCUUUUUGGAUAAAGACGCUUCCUGGGUGAGAACGUGAAGCUAUGGAUUGGGGCUCAGCACUUUGGGACCAGCAUGAUGCGAUUGAGAAGCACACACAGAUGGGGCUGGACCUCAUCGAUCGCUACGUGAAGUUUGUCAAAGAGAGAACAGACAUCGAGCAGAACUACACCAAGCAGCUCAGAGCUCUUUGUAAAAAAUAUUCCAGACGAGGCAACAAAGAAGACCAGGAGACGAAGUUCUCCAAUCAGCAGGUGUUUCAGGACAUGCUGUGUGAGCUGAGCGAGUGCGCCACACAGCGGGAGAGCAUGGUCGAGAACAUGAACCUGAACAUCUGCGCGGAGCUCAACAAAUACCUGCAGGAGCUCAAACAUGAGAGGAAGAGUUAUCUGAACGAUGUGAAGAAAAGCCAACAGAACCUGGAGAUCAGCUACAAACAGCUCGAGAAUAGUAAGAAGCGCUUUGAAAAGGAGUGGAAGGAAGCAGAGAAAGCCAAUCAGCAAGCAGAGAAAACAGAACAAGACCCCAACUCCACCAAAGUAGAUGUAGACAAGGCCCGGAUGCACGCUCGUCAGCGUCUCGACCAAUCAGAUGAGUAUAAGAAUGAUUAUGCCGUGCAACUGCAGAAAUACAACAAGGAUCAGAAGCGCGUCUACUACACAGAGAUUCCCAUGAUACUCAAUAAGCUGCAGCAGAUGGAGGAGAUGAGGAUCAGGAAACUGGCGGAAGGUUACGGCAUGCUGGCCGACAGUGAGAGAAACAUUCUGCCCUCGAUCAGCCAUUGUCUGGAGAAAAUCAGCACACAGAGCAGCAACACGUAUGAGAAACAGGACUCACUGACCGUCAUCGAGUUGUAUAAAUCAGGUCUAGUGCCCCCUGCUGAUGUCGAGUUUGAGGAUUACAGUCAAGGAAUCAGACCUGCAAGUGCGGACAACACACAGCACAUGCCGAAAGUCCGCAUCAAACAGCUGUUCAAAAAGACUAAGGGUGGGAGUGGCGAAAGAAACAUGCCCCCUCCUUUGGAGGAUUUCUCCCACUUGCCCUCAAACCAGAGGAAGAAACGUCUUCAGGAGAAAAUUGCUGAACUCAAUAAGGAGCUGCAGAAAGAGACAGACCAGAGUGAGGCUCUGAAUAAGAUGAGACGUGUGUAUGAGCAGAACAAUCAGCUGGGAGAUCCGGCCAGUCUGGAGCCUCAGAUUAACCAAACUACACACAACAUCAACCGACUGAGGACAGAUCUCUCCAGAUACCAGGCAUGGUUAGGUGAGGCCAGAGGUGUCCCAACGCAGAACAACAACCCAAACAGUCCAUACUACGUCACUGUAUGUCCAAGUUCUCCAGCUCCCUCCAACAUGAUGGAUAAUCAGUUCCACCACAGUUUUGAUGAAGACUUUGAUGAAGAUGUCCCCAUUGGCCAGUGCCUUGCCCUCUACGACUUUGAUGGUGUGAAAGAGGGGGAAGUGAGCAUGCAGGUCGGGGAGUGUCUCAGUGUGAUGGUCGAGGACUUGGGAGACGGAUGGGUGCGUGUGAAGAAGACAAAUGGAAACAUCGGAUACGUCCCUGCAUCCUACGUCAAGAUCGAAUGAUCAAACUAGACCGAUUUCUUUCCACACGCACAACAUUUUCUCUCACACUGAUGCACGCUUGUUUGUAUAUAUAGACAAAAAAAUAAAAAUAAAAAUAAACUGGGGCUAUGAAGCUCAUGGAGCGAACGAGAAGCCGACGGCUACCAGCUGAGCGCUGUAUUCAUAAAAGUCCUGUAAAAAGAAAUAUUCAGUAAUAACAUUAAGUAUUUUAGAAAAAUAAAUACUAAAAUAUUUCAAUAAAAUAUACAAACUACAUUUUAAUUCUAUUUUAAUUUGAAUAAAUGAUUUCUAUCUCGUGUGUGAUGCUUUAGCUGUAAGGCUCCAAGUGAAUACAAUGAAAAAUUAAAUAGAAUAAAAUAUUCAAGAAAGACAA